UUUUUUUUUGGGGAGGGAGGAUGUCAGUUAUAGGGAUGAGCCGACCUCCCAGCCACGCUUCAGUGCGGUUGCAACACAUCCCACACCCGCUGUCCCGCUUAGGGGAACCGGAGACCAUCACUGUCCGCGGCUUCUCCCGGGCCGGGGACAAGCCGGACAACGAGCCGCCGCUCAGGUGGCCCGGGCCGGCGGGAGGUAGCGCCAGGGAGCCGAGGGAGAAGAAUGGGUCGCGGGGCUGCCACAGCCUCCAGCACAUCCCCGAAGGAGUGGAGGUGGCUUUCGGUACCGACCCCGGCAGACCCAGGAUGCCCGUCUUUGGUCAACGUACAGACCUGGAGAGCCGUUCGGAGAGCAGACUGAGCAAGGGCAGCAGGAUCAGUAGCACAUCGCGGCCUGGCACUCAACUCCGGAUCGAGAUCGACGAGUUGGAACAUCUUUUGCGGGAAAAAGUAAUAUCCAGCGGCUACUUCGCAGUCAAACAGCUUUUCAAAUCCAAUGAUCCUGAAGGAAGGGAGCAGCUGAACAGGGAAGUUCUCCUGAUGGUGCUGUCAAAGUUCCUCGGACGUUUCAUCACUCCAAGACAAUUCCACCAACUCCUUUUGAGGUUCAAGCUGAAUGAAAGGGCGAUCGUCAAGAGUGAUGAGUUUUAUGCAGCGGCCAGGGAGCCCAUCCCCGCGGGAGGCAGCUCGUGGAUCGAUCCCCUCAGUCGACCCAGCGACAGGGCCCCAGUGACCGCUUCGCACGUACACUCCCAGCUGAAGGAGAAAGUCAAGCAGAGGAUUUUAGAGCUGCCCGAAAUAUUGCCUCAGAAGAACUCCGAAGGGCCUAUCAGGAUCAUCGCUCCUGAGUUCAGGAAUGUGUUGAAGCAACUGGGAUUUCACAUGGAAGAUGAAGAGUUUGAAAAGUUGUGGAGAAGAUAUGACACGGAUGGUCUUGGUGUUAUUAAAGGAGAUGUUCUCAUGAGGAAACUCGGAGCUGACUACAGGAACAGGAUGAGGCACAACAAUGAAGGCUCUGCUCGAAGAUCCUACGAUCAAAUAAGUUUGGAAGACUCAAGAAUCUUCUCCCCAGGACUGGCACGGAUCCUGAGCAAGACAGAGCUGGAAAGAAAAGCUUCUCUUGAUAUCGAAAAGUGGCUGAAGGACAAAUUCAGGGAAGGCUACAACCUCAUGAAAGAAGCGUUCGAAAAGUAUGACAUUGAAAGAACAGGCAAAGUGUUACACCGAGACUUUCUGUCCGUGCUGGGAACCUUUGGACUGCACCUGAAAACUGAACAUUUAAACCUUUUCCUUCCACGAUGCAACCUUGAAAACAGCAAAGCCGGGAUCAAGUACAUCGACUUCCUCAAAAACUUCCAAGACCGAAGUGAAAGGGGAUUGCCACAUAAAAUUCUUAACAACCCCAAGCACAAGUUUAACAACGAUGGAAGUGUCAGUCUCUGUUCCACAAUGACUGCAAUAGAAGCGAAACUGACAAGAUUGUUCCAAUCAGACUUCCUUGCACUUUUAGCCACCUUUCACAAAAUCGACAAGCUGGAGAUGAACGUCAUCAGUCAGCAAGAGUUCCGAGCUGCCAUAGAAAGCAGGUUCGGUGUGGAGAUUACCGACGAAGAGUUUGAGCUGCUCAUUGACAGAAUCCCACUGGAUGAAGACGGCAAUAUCCGCUAUCCUCAAUUCAUGGCCAUGUUCGACUCCAGGAAAGGAGUUUCGAGUCUUUUCGACGAGAAGUCCGUGAUUCUACCCGGACAGAGGGGGCCUCCGGAGGAACCGUUCACCGGUCAACUGGAUAAAGACAGAAGUUACGGCAGAACUAGCGAGCAGCUCUUCAAGAUUAUUAAAUCCUUGAUGUACAAGCAAUACCAAGAAGUUGAGAGAGAAUUUGAACAGUUGGAUGAAAUUAACUCAAAGCGACUCAACCAUGAAACCAUGUAUCGGCUUCUGAAACGCUUUGACAUUUGCCCAGAGGUAACCCGGGGGGAGAUUCGCAGGCUGUGGAAGACGCUGAUCACUAACCAGGACAAGACCCUGGACUUCCUGGAGUUUGUGAGACAUUUCGGUCACUCCCCCAAAUCGGCCUGCUUCCCCAACGCCAAAAUAAGCCCCCCGAAAAAGGGGGACUGCGAUCUGAGAAUGCGCUCGAAAAACCUCAACUGUGCGUCCGACAUCCUGGUCGAUAAUGUCCGUGCCAAGGUUGAUUACCUGUGGGACGAUCUGAGGAAGGAAUUUCAGGAACUUGACCCUUACCGCACCGGGUUUACCAGCACUGAGGAGUUUAAGGAUAUCUUGAGUGAGCUGUGUAUAAAUUUGAAUGAAUACGAAUGCGAAAUGCUGGCGAAGAAAUUCGAAGUCAAUGGGGACGGACGGGUGUCCUACAUCGACUUCCUGAGACCUUUCGCUAUGCGGCGACAGCAAGUGCGGGAGGGCAGCAACAUGUUGGCGGUACUCCAGCAUCCCAACAGUCAGUUCACCGAGCAACACGGGACCGGGCUGAACACCGUCACAGACAGGCUCCGCCAGAAGCUUCAGGGUGAAUGGAAGCCGCUGCGACGAGCCUUUAAGAAGUUGGAUAGCACCAGCAGCGGUUACCUAUCCCUGCCAGAGUUCCGCGCCGUGCUCAAGCUCUGCGAUCUGCUCCUGAACGAGGAUGAGGUUUACCACAUCAUGACCAAAUUUGACGAGAACAUGGAAGGCAAAGUCAACUACAAAAAGUUCCUGGAAGAGACCUACAAGAAAGAGAACUGAGCAGAGAGCAAAACCUUCAAAUGAUAAAUCAUUUGUACAUUUUAAAGAUAUUCGAUUUCUCUUUUUUGUAAAAUCAUCUUUAACUCAAUUUUGAUCGUUUUGCUUUGGGGAGGAGUGGGGCGGGGUGUUCAUAAGUGAUAGGGGCAGAAUUAGACCAUUCAGCCCAUUGUGUCUACUCCUCCAUUCAAUCACGGCUGAUCUAUCUCUCCCUCUCAAACCCAUUCUCCUGCCUUCUCCCCAUAACCCCUGACACCCGUACUAAUCAAGAAUCUAUCAAUCUCUGCCAUAAAAAUAUCCAUUGACUUGGCCUCCACAGCCGGCUGUGGCAACGAAUUCCACAGAUUCACCACCCUCUGACUAAAGAAAUUCCUCUUCAUCUUCAUAAAAGUAUGUCCUUUUAUUCUAAGGCUAUGUCUUCUAGUCCUAGACACUCUCACUAGUGGUAACAUCCUCUCCACAUCCAUUCUAUCCAGGCCUUUCACUAUUCAAUGAGGUCCUCCCUCAUCCCUCUAAGCGAGUACAGGCCCAGUGCUGUCAAACGCUCAUCAUACGUUAACCAAUUAAUUCCUGGGAUCAUUCUCGUAAACCUCCUCUGGACCCUCUCCAGAGCCAGCACAUCCUUCCUCAGAUAUAGGAACCAAAAUUGCUCACAAUACUCAAAAUGUGGUCUGACCAGUGCCUUAUAGAUCCUCAAUAUUACAUCCUUGUUUUUAUAUUCUAGUCCUCUCUAAAUAAAUGCUUGCAUUGCAUUUGCCUUCCUUAUUACUGAUUCGGGCGUGUGGUGGUGAGGUUUGGAAUGGCAGUUCUCUUGAGUGUGAAAGAUUUUGUUUCAAAGAUACAGCAUGGAAACAGACUCUAAAGCCCACUGUGUCCACGCCGACCAUCGAUCACCCGUUCACACACGUUCUAUGUUAUCCCACUUUCUCAUCCACUCCCCGAAUAUUAGGGGCAAUUUUACAUUAAUCCACAAACCUGCGCGUCUUUGGGGUGUGGGACGAAACCGGAGCACCCGGAGAAAAUCCGCACCGUCACAGGGAAAAUGCGUAAACUCCACACAGGCAGCAGCCGAGAUCGGGACCGAACCUGCGUCUGACACCGUGAGGUAACAGCUCUACCAACUGAGCCAGUGUGCCGUCUCAAAGUGAAAGAAUAAACUCGGAUUUCUUGCACACCUUUUAAAACAUCGACUCUUCCUGAUGUUCUUUACAGCUGUUUUAGAAAUGACAAUAUUUAGUCUUGCAGGAAAUGCACAGUGAAUUUGUGCAUGUUCUUGGUCAGGUAACUGAUUUGUUUCAGUCAGUCAGUUCAUCAUAAAUUACCAUGCUAUUUUUACAAACGUCAUUUCCUCACCUCCCAACAAACUUUAAAAAAUGUGUGCACCACAAAUCCGCUGGUGCAGCUGUAGCGUUGCUGCGUUAUGCCCCUGUCCCACUUAGGCCCCUGUCCCACUUAGGCCCCUGUCCCACUUAGGCCCCUGUCCCACUUAGGCCCCUGUCCCACUUAUGCCCCUGUCCCACUUAGGCCCCUGUCCCACUUAGGCCCCUGUCCCACUUAUGCCCCUGUCCCACUUAGGCCCCUGUCCCUCUUAGGAAACCUGAACGGAAACUUCUGGAGACUUUGUGCCCCACCCAAGGUUUCCGUGCUGUUCCCAGAGGUUUUUAUCAGUCUAAAACAGCUGUAAAGUAUCAGUCUCUCUAAUGGUCGAAAGUGGUUUCUGCUUCUUCUAUGUUCCGGCGAUUAUUUCAAAAUAUUCAAAACCGGCCGCUGCUAAAAAUAGGUUGCCGUUUUAAAAAUCGGUAAUUAUUUAGUCAAAGCCGGUUGCGAUGCUAGUUGAAGGUGGUUGCCGGAGGUUGCAGGUGGUUGCCGGAGGUUGCAGGUGGUUGCCGGAGGUUGCAGGUGGUUGCCGGAGGUUGCAGGUAGUGGAAGGUAAGUUCAAGUUCGAUCCUGACUAUGGGUUCUGACAGUACGGAGUUUGUACGUUCUCCCCGUGAACUCGUGGGUGUUCUCCAGGAGCUCCGGUUUCCUCCCACACUCCAAAGACGUACAGGUUUGUAGGUUAAUUGGCUUGGUAUAAUUGUAAAUCGUCCCCAGUGUGGCCAGGGUAGUAUUAAUGUGCUGGUCAGUGCAGACUAGGUGGGCCGAAGGGCCUGGUUCCAUGCUGUAGCUAUAAAUUAAAACUAAACUAAAAACCCAUUUGAUUUUUCAGAUUUCAGUCAACUGGGGAAAGUGUUUCAUCACAAGCAAGUGGAUUAGUGGAAUUUCAAAGGUUGAGGAGUUAAAUGUCAUUUUUAAAUGUAGGUUCUGCUGUGGUAUGGUGAGCAGAAAGAUAGCCCACAGGGUCAUAGAAUCAUACAGCAUGGAAACAGGCUCUUUGGCCCAACUUGCCCACACCGACUAACAUGUCCCAUUUACAUGUCCCACCUGCCUGCGUUUGGCCCAUAUCCCUCUUAACCUGUCCUAUCUCACGUACCUGUUUAAAUGUUUCUUGAACUUUGCAAUAGCACCUGCCUCAACUACCUCCUCUGGCAGCUCGUUCCAUUCCAUCACCACCCUCUGUGUGAAAAAGUUACCCCUCAAUGUAAAUCCAAAUCUUAAUUAAUGGAUGUUAAAAUUAUGGCAUUCACCUGAGUUAAUGAAGAUUGUGCGUUAUAGUGAUCUGUAUGUAUUGGUUCUCGGUAUCUUUUGCAAGAUUGAUCUGCAAUUUGUUCAGAUCUGA